ACCUCUGGGCGCUGCGUGGCCGAGUCUCCCCAACCUAUGUCUCUUCCUCUGGGUUUCUGCACAGACAUGUGCCUGGUGGGGAGGCUUUGUCGGAGCGGCCGAGACCCGGAGGGCGCCCAGAGCAUCGGACAGGAGGCGGAACGGGAGGGAACAGGAGGAAGGGUCUCUCCCAUCCCGUGGAGUCCCUGCGAGCGUAAUUCACCUGGCGCUGCCUCCGGCGGGAAGGAGGCUAAUCCCAUCGCGCGGUUUAGCGGGCCCCCGGCCGCAGGUGAGGCGGCGGGAGCGGUGGGUGCCGCGGAGAGCCCUGCCCGGCCGGCCCCCGCCUGCCCAGCAUGCCCGUAACAGAUCAAGCCUUUGUGACCCUUGCUACUGAUGAUGUGUACUGUCAAGGUGCUCUUGUUCUCGGACAGUCAUUGAGGAACCAUAAUACAUCCAGAAAACUGGCAGUUCUAAUUACUCCAGAGGUUUCCAGUGGGAUUAAGUCAGUCCUCCGCAGUGUAUUUGAUGAAGUGAUCGAGGUGGAUGUGCUUGACAGUACUGACUCAGUCCAUUUGGCUCUGAUGCAGAGGCCAGAACUGGGUGUAACCUUCACUAAGCUUCAUUGUUGGACUCUUACUCAUUACAGCAAAUGUGUCUUCAUGGAUGCGGACACUUUGGUACUUUGCAAUGUUGAUGAGCUGUUUGAUCGAGAAGAAUUUUCUGCAGCUCCUGAUUCUGGCUGGCCUGACUGCUUCAAUAGUGGUGUAUUUGUAUUCCGGCCCUCCUUGAAGACUUACAACCGGCUGCUCCAGUUUGCUGCUGAACAUGGCAGCUUUGAUGGAGGUGAUCAAGGCCUGUUGAACAGCUUUUUCAGCAACUGGGCAACAGCAGAUAUUGGCAAACACUUGCCUUUCCUCUAUAACUUAAGCAGCAGCUCUGUAUACACCUAUGUUCCUGCUUUCAAUCAUUUUGGCAGAGAUGCCAAAGUUGUUCACUUCUUGGGAGCAACAAAGCCCUGGAACUACAAAUACAACCUUCAAACAAAGAGAGUUACGGAGGAUGGCACCACCUCUGGAUCUUUUAAUCAACUGUCAUUUCUUGCCCUCUGGUGGAAUAUAUACAGUGCCAGUAUAUUGCCUUUGUUGGAAAAACUUCAAAAGAUGGAAGAAUCAGAAUCUGAUGAAUGCAAGCAUACUUUCAAUGGAGUUGAAGUUACCCUGAAGAAGGUCAGUCCUUACGUGUCCAGUUCUCUACAAAAGCCUGAGCUCCCAGAGCAGACAAAUGAAGUAAAUCCCACAGCAUGCUCACCCGAGGAACUCUCUUUCAAAGCUCAACCUGUAUAUGAAGUCGAACCUGGAGAUUCUAACAUCCAUCUCUCUGAGCCUGACAGACCUUCAGAACAACCUGUAUUUCAACCUGCAUUUCAGGAAACCUCAGAAAUGAAUGAGGUUGCACGCUCUGUUUCAGAGCUGUCUAUUCACUUCAAACCAGCAAAACCAACUCCAGAAGAUGAACGGAGAAAAUGGGAGGAAGGGCGCAUGGACUAUAUGGGAAAAGAUGCUUUUGAACAUAUCAAAAAGAAAUUGGAUGCAUUUCUACACUAAGACAGGGUGUACUGUUAUGCCCAUCAUGAUAGAUUUCUUUAGAAAUGCAAUUCUUGAAUUCUUGGCUGUCUUGACCAGUUUAGCUGACACCAGUUAGAGGUUAUUGUGGAUCCACGUACAUUUUUGGGGGGGACCAUAAUAGAUACAGAAUCUUGGUUUUUAACUGAUAAAAGUGCCUCAACUUUAUUGUUAUGUGUUCCUAAUCUUCAUUGUUCUCACAUAGUGCCUUCUAAAGGAUGAUGAAUGGUACCUUUCUGAGUAUGAACUCUCAUGUAUUUAUCACUCUUCCCUGAUGCACCCCAUCUGCAUUCUGCAGAAAUAGUCAUGUGCAGGAAACAUGUUGGAAGUUGAGAUUGUUUUGGAAGUUGAACUUUUUCCAAACUGAGUUUGUUCCCAAAGUACUUUCAGAAGUUGCUAUAAAGUAUUUAAGUAAAAAGAACUUCUUCUUCAAACCAAACUAACACUAACAUCAAGGAUGACCAUGAUGUAGACUUAAACACGAGAAAGAAGUGAUGAAAUCCUGACCUCAUAGGAGUUUUUUUUAAUUUAAACACAUUUAGGAUGAGAGGAACUUCAGGCUUCAUCUGAGAUCACUAGUGGAUGCUCUACCUAGUUAUAGGAAGCUGCUCAGCUCCAUAACGAGUGUGAGGAAAUGUGGCUUAAAACUCUCUAGGACAGUGAUAAUGUAUGUUAACCUUUUAUAUUGUUGCCAUAGGAUACUGAUGCUUUUUAAAAUAUUGUAAGCUUUAGUUGCAUAUUCUGAGUUGUGUGGUCAGAAGAAGAAACACUGAUAGUAUGGUGUAAACCUUCUGGUGCUUUUUAUAAAUUUGUUUACAGUACUUCAAACUGCAGCUGAUAAAGGCCUUCUUUGGCUUAGGCAUUGUUGCCCCAUACUGCAGGCAAUUUGAGUGCAACUGAAAACAAAAUUGGCACUUGUUUUACUAAACAGGCCCUUUGAAGAUCUUUUAAACAAUAGCUGUGUGUGGGAACCAAUAAAUCUCUGAGGGUAAUUCCAGAAAAAUAUCUACUGAUGAGAUUGCAUUAUAUUAAGGACAUUUACAGGGGAACGUUUUUUGCUAUUUGACUAUUUAAAUUUUGACUCAUCUCAGUGAGCUUGUUUUAACAAUCAAGUAAAAUACUUUCUUUCAAAGCAAAAAAACUUUUAAAGAAAGUCUUGACAGUUAGGGUAAUAUAAUAUUAUAUUUGUCAAUUAUUUAUAGCCUCACUCAAUAUUGGAAUAAGAAUUCUGCAGUGGUGUUUCAGGACUUGAAAUGUUUUGGUCUAAAUACAUCACAAAAUUUGGCAGAGAGAUAUCUAAUGAAAUAUCUUGGGAAUUUUGUCUGAAACCAAUGAUGUACUAUCAUGCAUAGAUGCUAAUAAGGAAAAAGGAUAGCAGAAUAAGAAAGAAGCAGAAAUUUUAUUUCUUUUUCCUCCCAUCAAAAAGGAUUAGAGGGUGGGGCAGGGAAUAAAUCAGGAAAGGAAUGAAAGAGUCAAAAGGUCCCUUAAAAGAAGAAGAGGAAGAAAAAAUCCUUGAGUAUCUUAGAAUUACUUCCUAAUAUUCACAUUAGUGGAUUUACUUUUGCUUUUGUGGGGUAGUUCUGAUUUUAUCGAGUUCUCAUUUAUCCUUAAACUCUUAAACGGGGAAUCCCAUUGGUGUGUCUGUUGAAUACAAACUUCUAGGUCAAGUUCGGAGUUUAGGGGCAGCAGAGAAAUUGAGAGCAGUUCUCUCUCUGGCUAACCUUGGCACCCUGGAUGGCCUGUGUUCCUGGGUAGGUGACCUUCACACAUGAACACAGGUAGGUGUGUUCUACCUCUUGGUGCUGUGGCCCAGUGCAGCAGUGAGGAGACGACAGCAGCUGCAGUGCACCCAUACUCCUGUGGCAUUUGAUUUUCUGAUUAUCCCUGUUUCUUAGUGAUCCUUAUGCACUGCUGAGGAAGUCCUCAGUUUUAUAAAUAUCGUUGCUAAUAUAAUCCUAACAGCUUUUGAAGACUAAAUAAAGCUGUAGUCAGCAAUGUGAACUCAUGCUUCGUGCAGCUGUUUUUUUACAUUAACUAGACCUUAUUUGGUAUACAUUGAUUAGAUUGUGGAAGAAAAAUUACUGAUGUGAAAUCAGUAACUGAAAUGUUUUAAAAGUAGACAUAUGAAUGUAGUCAAAUGUGUCAUUGAGUACAUUUCAAACUGUUAGUAUGUACAAUGGUGUGGCUUGUACAAUGUUUUGCAAAGAAUUGUAGUACAAUAAUGUAAUGGA